AUGUUUCGCCGGUUGUACACGGCCGUGGGGCCCAGUUACUCCAGCUCCGUCCUCAACUGCCUGAAGAGCCUCGACGUGUGGUGCUUCGACGUCUUCACGCUGAACCAGAUGACGGAGGAGCACUCCCUGAGGACCAUCGUCUUCGAGCUCCUCACCCGACACAACCUCAACAGCCGCUUCAAGAUCCCGGCUGUCUUCCUGAACACGCUGCUGGAUGCUCUGGAAACGGGCUACGGGAAGUACCGGAAUCCCUACCACAACCAGGUCCACGCUGCCGAUGUCACCCAGACUGUCCACUGCUUCCUGGUCCGCACUGGCAUGUUGCACUACCUGACGGAGAUCGAGGUCCUGGCCAUCAUCUUCGCUGCUGCCAUCCACGACUACGAGCACACGGGCACCACCAACAGCUUCCACAUCCAGACCAAGUGA